AUGGGGAAUGAAAACUCAGCAAUAUCAAACAAACAUGGUGGCGAGGCACUGAAGGUUGUUUCAACUGAACCAUAUGUUCCAAGGCAAAGGAAACGCUCAACAAAGGCAAAGAUGGUAGGUGUUGGGGAGGACUCAAAGCAACAUGGUAAGAAACCACUACAUAGGGAAGACACUUUCACCAACUACAUUAAACGUGCUAAGUAUAAAAUCAGAAGCUUGUCAAACAUUGGUGGCCGUGAGGAGCAGAGCAACCCUGCACCAGAUGAGGCUUAUGGCACCAACAAGAAGGAAAACGAAACAGACCAGUUUUCAAAUUUUAUUCAUCAAGCUAAGAAUAAGUUGAGAACUGUGUCAAAAAUUGGAAAGAAUGGUUCCUUCAAAAGAGGGUAA